GUGGUAAAUGGAAAGUCAAGAGCUCAAUAAAUCAAAAUCUAAGUGUGAUGCUAAAGGAGGUUAAAUCUAAAGUGAAUACAGGUAUUGUGGUAUGAGGUGGUAAAGAUCUUCUAGCUCCAAGAGUGUGUUGAUUCCAUCAGCAGCAACAAAGACGGGUACUAUGGAUGUUUUGACAAGACCACAGUUUAAUAUUAAUUGAGAGUUAAUUUGUCUGGGAUUGAACCACUUUUCAGUCACAACUGGUGCAAUCCCUAUACAUCUGGAUGACAAGCAGGACUGGUCCUUGAACUGGUCUUCCUUAGAUGUAACCCAAGAGGUUUUGUUGAAAUUAAUUGAUCUCUAUGUCGCCUCAUUUUUUUUUCUGUCUUUGUGUUUGCAGUUUAAGAUAUUAAUUUUCUUUUCACAUUUUCCUGCCUCAACGUUUUGAGUUUAAGUUGUGUUUAUAAAAGAUUCGUUGUUUCAUCAUUGAGAAUACAAUACAACAGGCUUUUUAAAUAUUCAUUAAUUCAGUGUUUUCACAACAGAGUUGAUUAUAAUCUCGUGGGGGAACCAGACAGGCAAAUAUCUAUUAAAGUAUGUUUUAAACCACAUCAGGAGGCUAUCUCAGAAUCCAUUUGUGUAUGUGCUAAAACAUUCCACAUUUAGCAUCAGCAAUACAUUAGUGGUCGCUUAUUAAUCAGAAGAUGCCGUGGCCUAUUUGAUGAAUUAUUUAUAUCAUCAGCACUCAACAAAAGCUCCUUUGAUUUCACCCUACGAAAAAUAUUCACUCAUUGGCACUUGUUGUGUGUGUUUGUGUAAAUGUGUGUGUGCUUAUAGUUCAGUUAAGUGAUGUGAUCUAAAACCAAACCACUGACCUUUCAGGCCGGUGCUCUCUGAUGUCGAUUUUUGGGAUCAGUCCAGGUUGGACCUAUUUUGGGAUGAAAUCGAUGGCAGAGGUAGCCUUGGCUUUAGAGAUGUAUGAGCCCUAUUUCGGGGCUUUCUGAUACCAGUAUCUGGUGUUUUACUGGCGGUUUGUGUUGGAUAUUUUAAGUGGCAAGUGGCGUCAGUGUACGGUAAGAAAAGAUAAGGAGGAAGUGAGUAUUUCACUCUGUUCAUCUCUGGUUUCUUUGCUCAUUUUCAUGUUUCUUAGAAGCCCUUUAGAUCAAUUUAAUAAAUUACUCAGAAUUUAUGAUUCGUAUCAUCAAUUUCCCAAAGCUGGUACAUUUAGAAAAUGCUUUCAGUUAAACAGGACCUACUGUGCUUCUUCUUGUUUUAUCUAAUAUGGCCAAAGUUUCAAAUAAGUUCAGCAUAUGUGCAAUUAAUUCCUCUGAAAGGAAAGCUCAGGGUUUAGACUUUAGCUUUGACACUUUUUUCUACUCUUGGACUUCUAUAAUAUCAGCCCACCUUCUGUUUGCAAGGGGCAGCCAAUCAGAAGGCAAUCAACUAAAAGUGAAAGGAGCUUUAAUGCUGUUUGUUUCAGAUCACUGAUGAGCUGAGGGGCUAAGGCACAGUAAAAGAUAAAAAGAUUUCUUUGAACUGUGAAUCAAUAAAAUCAAAAUAGCAGGCAGUAGUGGACUGGCAAGUGGAAGCACCAAAACAUUUCCUGGUGGCCUAAAGGUCAUUUUAGCCUGCCGUGAAUUUGAGCAGCAAUAUUAUAAAAGUGCGAAUGAGUUGAGGGAACUAUCAGACCACAGCAGAUCUGUCUCUAGCGUCCUCCUCUGCCAUAUCUUCCCUUUGCGGAUCCUCCAUCAUUACAUCCAUGAGAUUUCUCUGUGGUCUUCAACUUCUCCUCCCUGGCAGCUCCAUCUUUAACAUCCUGCCUCCUCUGCACAUAUCCAAACUGCUCAACCUGAGCUGUUCCUCUGAUGUACUUAUUUCUCAUCUUGUCCAUCCUGCUCACCUCCAGCAUCAUCAAUCAGCCCCGUAUGUGCUUAAUGUAAGAGCUGUCAUUUUUAAUUAUUAUUUUCUUAUUUUAAUGGCUUCAUCCUCCAGGAUCUGAAAAACAAAUGAUGUGAGAUGAAUGUCACUUUCAGUUAAUGCUGUUUAUUUAGAGCAAUAUGCUUAAGAAGCUGCAUCUUAUGAUCUUAGGAGUUAAUACAAUCCACUAAUGGUAGACUCUGUUAUCUAUGAUUUAUCGCUGGAUUUUAUUGUUAAAGUUUCAAAUUGAAUGAGUAGGAAAUUAUAGAAGGUCUGCAUGGACAUAACUGUGAAUGGAGAGAAAAACAAUUUCUUAGUCUAUGGAAUUACAUCCUCAUAUUACAUCAUGCACUUUGUGCAUGUUGUCUCUUUAGUCUCCACUAGAGGGAGGCAGACAGUAAAAUGAGCUUUGAACAAGUGUCACAGGGCCUGAGGGAGCCUUGUCUCACUGUUUUUCUUUAUUACAUGAGAAUGAGUGUGUGACAGGACUCCACUGAGGCAUUAAAUCUGUGCUGCAGAUCCCAAGAGAGACGGGGGAACAAUUAGAAAGUGGAUCACGGAGAUGACUGGGAAAAUGAGAUUCAGGACACCUGUUGACCUUUGUCACCACCCUCUCUGUGUCCUUAAAGGCAAAUUAUUUUUCCGCUUGUCACAUUUAGCAGAAAUCAUUCUAAUCUUUGUCAGCCAUGCCUAUUUAAAGCCGUCCUGCACUGAUUUGAUGUAUUUUCUGGUCUCGUGUUGAGGUUGUUUUGAUGGAAAUGGGAGAAAUGCAACUUUCUCUGCUUCCUCAGGAGUUCAGAGGUUAAUUAGCAGAGAAUAAGGUGUGAUAUGGAGGGAGGCUAUAGAGGAGGAAGCUGCACAGCAUCAGUCAUUUGUUCUGUGGUGGAUUUUCCUGAUGCACCUCCUUGUGAAUUUUGGAUAGUUUUUUUUAUUGUUAUCACUGACGGCAGGAAUAAUAUUUACUGGAGAAAUCCCAAGCCAGCUUCAGCUUUUUGCCAAAAACCUAAUCUAUGUGGUGUGAGAAUAUUUGAGCUUCCUCUUUGUGUGAUUGGAUUUCCUGUGGAUUAACGUGGUGAUCCAGAUUUUUUGGGGGGAUUUUUUACUCUCAUCUGAAGCAUUUGACGUUCAUGAGGGAGUUGGACCAUCACACCCUGCUUUUAAUUGUGGAAAAAAUCCUGUAACAUUCAUUGGAGCACAACAGAUCACCGGGGUAAAAAAAAAAAAAAAACAGGCAGUCAAUUAAAAAGGCAGAGGGGGAGAGCUAAAUAAAGAAUCAUCAAGAAAAAAAUGUGACAUAAAAAGAGUGAUGAGUGACUGACACUGUUUCAGAGACAGGAAAAGGCAGUGGAGAAGAGUGAGACUGUGAGAGGCAGAUGGAUUAAAACAGGUGUCUAUAGAGAGUCCAGUGAUGUUGAAAUAGAGGCAAGGAAAAUAACAAGAGAAGACGAGAUAGAAGAAGAGGGGAAGAUGAGUGUAAGAUGGGAGACGGAGGGACUCCAGACAGUUGGCAUCGUCUGCCUGGUGAUCAUGUUCCUCAAACUGAUGCACCUGCUGGGCCUGAUCGACAUCACUGAGACCGAUGACAGCAGUGACAGUGAUUUGGAGCUGUCGACUGUGCGUCACCAGCCAGAGGGGCUGGACCAGCUGCAGGCUCAGACCAAGUUCACCAGGAAGGAGCUUCAGUCUCUGUAUCGAGGCUUCAAGAACGAGUGUCCCAGCGGACUGGUUGAUGAGGAGACAUUCAAGUCCAUCUAUUCUCAGUUCUUUCCCCAAGGAGAUGCAACCACCUACGCUCACUUCCUGUUCAACGCAUUUGACAUGGACAGAAACGGUUCAAUCCGUUUUGAGGACUUCGUCAUCGGCCUAUCAGUGUUGCUCAGAGGUUCGGUCACCGAGAAGCUCAACUGGGCUUUCAACCUUUACGACAUUAAUAAGGAUGGUUACAUCACCAAAGAGGAAAUGCUGGCAAUCAUGAAGUCGAUCUAUGACAUGAUGGGGAGGUAUACCUACCCUUGCGUGCGGGAUGAAGCACCCUCUGAACAUGUCGACAAGUUCUUUCAGAAAAUGGACAGGAACAGAGAUGGUGUAGUGACUAUUGAAGAGUUCAUUGAGACCUGUCAGAAGGACGAGAACAUCAUGAACUCCAUGCAGCUGUUUGAAAAUGUGAUAUAAGAAUCUGGACGUCCUCAGCUGUUUUCCUUCAUUAGCACAACUCGCAUACAAACAGAGCAAAGUCAUGCACUCCACCCAAUGCCGCAGACUCCACAAUAACGUAAGACACCCUGAUACAUAAUGUAGCUCCAGUGAAGAUGCAGGGACUAGAGGUUUUUCUAUUUCUCGCCACACUCUUUUAAUGGUAUCUUGUGACUGUUUCUGGAUUACAAAAACUGCCUCAUGUCAAAGGAGACAUUCUUGGAUGACUUUUUUGUCCUCGGUGGCUCAACAGACAUGCUGAUUGUGCUUUGAUCAGCGGACAAAAGCCACAAGGAACGAAGAGGCUCACAGAAAUUGACAAACUACAUGGAUACUAACUUUAACAAUAACAUACAGUAUAUACACUCACAUAUGGAAAAGCCUGCUGUUUCCUCAGAUUUUUUUAUAGCACUGGAUGGAGAAAAAAAUCACAGUGAAAAAAAAAGACAUGAACUAAAGCAUGUUUGUCAUCAGAUAUGUCAUGUGGAAUUAGCUUGCACUACAGUUUUAUGACUAUGUAUUAUAUGUGCCUGAAAUAAAGGCACUGUAGAUACCUGCACCUGAUAUACCACUGAAGAAAACCAGUGUAUAUGUAUAUACAUGUAAAGUUAAUAAUUAUAUCUAAUGCAUUGUGUUGGUCUAAUCUGUGCUCCACCAAGUGAUGGAAUAGGACCAGUGCUCAAUAUUUGUUUAAGAAAUUUCAAUGUUAAUCACUUUUAAAAAAAAAUGGUUAGUAAGCGUCGUUGGAAUUUGGGAUAUUUAAAUGUUUCUCUUCUUUUUUUAUUUUUGUUUUGGAAGAUUAUGUUUGCUGAUCAGAUUACAAAAAUGAGUCUUUGCACAACUGUGAAGAAAGACACAUCAAACUAAGACCUUUUCUUUAGUAUCUGUGAGCAUGCUGACUCCACAGUGCCACAGUGUCAUGUACAGUACAGUAGGACCUUUGUGAUGUCAGGUAAUUAAAGAUGCUGUCUACAGGUG